UGAUCUCUGGAGUUCAAAACUGUGUACCAUGAUUCUCGUAUCCCCAAUGGCAUCCAUACAUUGAAGUGCAGAACUGGCAAGCACUUGUGAGUGUUGAACACUAUGUCGAAUUUACCUGAAGCAGCAAAUUUAGGGACUUGAAAGUGUUCGACUUAAGCACUUUUAAAUGUGCAAAUUUCUCAAUCCAACGUGUGAGUCAAACACUUUUCUUCAAAUGCCUAUAUCUCCGGAACCGUUUGAGCUACACCGCCCAGAUUUUGCACAGAGGUAGGCCGCAUAGAUACCUUAAUCGUCUAAAAAUAUGAGAAGAGUCGAAAAAAAUUGUUGAAAUGGUCCGAAAUCCAAGUCGAAAUCCGAGUAAGGAAGGUGCACAUAUUUUGUGACAUUUUCUUCGAUGUUUUUCAAAAAAAAUUAUGCUGCACGAUAAUUUAGUUACCAAUUCGGCCUACCUCUGUGCAAAAUCUUGGCGGUGUAGCUCAAAAGGUUCCGGAGAUAUAGGCAUUUGAAGAUCACAUUUUUGCUGCUUGUAUGAUGUUUUCUUACUAAAAAUUGUCCAAAACAAACGAAAAACAUAGUAUGGCGGCAGCUAAAACUGGUGCCAAUCUUAAUCCACAUAUGUCCCCUGCAAUAUGUAUCGCGCCCAGCGAAAUUGGUGUGUACCACCUAAAAACCUUCCCUUGUUAGUGGUGUAAUUGACGCCGUUUGGGUCCAGGGUACUCUCGAGGUACCACAACACGGUGCCAUAGAGUGCCAAGAAUUAUAACACCAAGGAACGGGUACUUUACAGGAUGUUGAAACGAGAAUUUUCACGUAAAUAUCGUCUCCCUUUGCUACGCUACACGCCACUGCUCGGUCACGUUGUGUUUACGGUUCUUCAGCAGAAUGUUUUCUUUCUUGCCUUUUCCGGCUUCUUUUUCUGAAUUUUUGAAAAAAAAAAUAAUUAAAAGCUGACCUCCAGUUGACCAACGUCCGUUGGCCAACUCUUUGGACGUCAAGAACGCGUCGUCGUAUCGCAGAGCAUGAGAGAUUAAGGGCUCCUCGUUGCUGAGCGGAAGAAAUAAAACGAAUGAAUUAUCGCAUGCAUGCGCACUGUGAAGUCAGUACUGGGGGAAGGGGAACACAAUAUCUAUAUAAAGCCAAACAGAAGCUCAUUUUAGAGCAGUCUCAACGGAACGCUCUAUUGUCAUAGAAGGCUAAAAAGCUGAGUCACCUGAUAUAACCAAACUUAUCAAAAUGAAGAUUUUUGGAUUUGUUGUUGUAAUUGCACUGAUCGGCUCUUGCAUCACUUCAAGUUCUGAAGCAACUGAUUGCAGAUUGGGCUACUAUAUAGAACAAAGGUGCUCUACCAAUGGGGGUAUGGUAAGAGGAAUAUCUACAGUCAGUGCACAACAGUGCAGAACUAUAUGCAUAGGGCAGUCGUCAGAAAAUAGAAACGGAGAUUGUGUAAGAGGCAAAUGUUGCUGUAAAUACUAGUAGAAUGUUGUGCAUUUUAGGCUGAGCGUGUCUCCUGAUUUAUAUGAACUGAAAUAAAUAAAAUAAUUCAAAAUAACAAUCCAAAAAUUAAGAUUUGACUUCUGAUUGUGCAUGAAACCUAUUCUUAUUCCUUAGACUUUGUCUUUAAUCACGAUCCAUAAAAGGGUGAAUUCAUAAAUGCCAAUUAAGCAUACUACUCAAUGAAAACCGUAAAUCAGUAAAUCUGAUUGUAGGAUUCCAAUUUGACUUCUGAUUGUGAAUAAAACCUAUUCCAACUCCUUAUACUUUGUGUCUUUAUUCACGAUCCGUAGAAGGGUGAAUUCAUAGCUGAACAUUAAAAAUAAUACUCAUUGACAACACCUGACCUAUCCCGACAGAAUGGGCGUUUCUGUUUUGGGUCGGAUCAAAAAGGGCGUAUCUUUUUGCGACUGCGAGAAAGGACGUAUCUGUUUUGGUGCAGAACAGAAUAGGCGUGACCUGUUUUCGUGGCUAUUUGAGUUUAUUGCACAAAAAUAUUCUAGAUUAUCCCCUCUCCAAGUUUAUCAAGAAAACUUCAUGAAAUUCGUACGAGAAGUAUUUCUGCUUAAGAAAACCCGAUUUGGCGUAUCUGCAUCUUCAAGCAAAUCGCCCGCAGAAAGGCCGUAACUGACUCGCGUAGUGACGAAGGCCGAGACCGAGCCGACUGAGACUGGCCCCAGCCUUGCCGAGUCAAGCCAAGUCGUUUUUGGUCGUGGCGGAAAGGGUGCGCGCAGUUGUGUGAGACUUGGUUCCACAGAUUUUAGUUUUGAAAAAAGUACCUUUGACAUUUACUCAUUUCAAAGCGACCCUUUUCAUGAGAGGAAAGACUUACUGCCCUUGGGAUAAGUCAGUAUGAGGCUCAAGAGAAAAACGAAAGAGAGUCAAAACAGAAAUGUAAGCCACCUUUCACCCCCUUCACCCUUCAUCAAACACUCCUUGUGACUCUAUCUUUUAUUUGUUAUUUUAAUAACCCUCGAAGAUAUUGUCAAUGUUCUGAUAUCAUCCAACGCAGAAAAAAUUAUUGAGUCACCUCAAUUUUUAGCAGAUGAUACAUUUGUAUAAAAAACUGAAACUUUGAACACUUUACACAAACGGGAUUAAUAAUAAAUGAUAUGUCAAAUGUGUCAUUGCUUGUACUGUCAGAGAGCGGGAUGAGCGGCGGGGUGAGCGGCGUGCAGAGAGGCACAAGGCGUGACGUCACCAAUAGAAUACAGGGCGGCUUGGUGUUGGCCCCGCCCGUGCCACCAGCCGCCCUCCCCCUCCCUUCUACCUCCCUCCGACAAACUCGGCUCGGCUCGACCCGGCCCGGGACUGCUCGGCUCGGCUCGACCCGGCCCGGGCCGGCGUCACUCGGCCCGGCUCGGCUCGGCUCGGCUGCGCCUGCCUGGCCCCUGGCUCGGCUUGCUCGGCUCGGCCCCGCCUGGUCUGGGCUAGGACGGACGCAAUACGCAGCAUGCAGAUUGUUUCCAAGAAAUGGGUUUUCCGGCGGGCCAGCCCAGCCCGUCCACCAGCCCUCGACCCUGUCGAGGACUAAGACGGAAGGGCAGGACAAGAUCAGUUUGCGUAGUACAGCCUCAGAGUGUGCGUGUGCCUAGGCUUCUUCAGUUUUGUCUCUCGCAAGGCAGCGUGCGCGUGCAUAUCGUUUAUACUGCAGACUGCAGGUGCUCUGUGCAGUUAGUGUUAGAAGUGUUGUAAACAUGGGACCACGGGCGCGAAAAUUGUCUGAAGAGCAGCGGGAGAAGAAACGGCAGCGGGAGCGGCAGCGCAGAGCAAACAAGAGUGAAGAGCAGCGGGAGAAGGAACGGCAGCGGGACCGGGACCGGAGGGCAGCCAUGAGUGAAGAGCAGCGGGAGAAGGAACGGCAGCGCGACCGGGACCGGAGGGCAGCCAUGAGUGAAGAGCAGCGGGAGAAGAGACGACCACAGGAGCGGGAGCGCCUCAGGGCCAAGCGCUUGAAGCAGAGUAUUGGUAAGUAGGCAUUUGUGUUAGCAUUACCUGCACAGGGUAACCUCUCUGGUAACCCCGACCUGGUAAUUCCGCCCGUGUACGGGAAUACCGCUAGCACUACAGUCAUAUCCAGCCAGCGUGUCCGUACAGAGCGGGCUAAGGAUUGGUGUUUAAGCGAAAUAUUACAAUAACUAGUUUAUUCUCCAGGUCCAGGUUCACUCGGCAACGACGAUGACAGUGAAGUUGCAAUCGCAGAAACCGAUUUGCCGGAAGAAAGUGGCGAGCCCGUGUGUGAUUCGGAUGAGGGCUCAGACUGCGACUCGUAUGGAGGAGACUUUGAUACGGAAUCUGAGCCUGAUGACGACGACAACGACGCCGCCGUGGACUUCAAGAGGCCCAACGACCCCGCGGUGGUGGAGGCCGUGUGCAGGAAGGUGAACGAGGCCCUGGCCGGGGUGUGCGCCGCCCAGUGCUACGUCUGUGAUAGCUUCCUCAAUACGCGCGGCGUGCGCCGGGUCGACCUGCAGUGCAUCCGGCGGGAGGAAGACCGCGAGGCGAUGCAGCAGCUGCUGGACAGGCUCGUGACCGUCCCGGGCCAAUACGACAUGUGCGCGACCUGCCGCCGCUACAUCAUGAAGCGGGAGGUCCCGCCCAGCGCCGUGGUCAAGGGCUUCCGCUACCCGCCCCUGCCGCCCGGGCUGCGGCCGCUCACCGAGGUGGAGGAGCACGUCCUGGCGCUGCGCCUGCCCUUCCAGCAGAUCGUCCACCUGGGCACCAUGGGGCAGCGCGGCCAGUACGGCGUGCGCGGCUCUGUGAUCAACGUGCCGACCGAGCCGGACCAGACCGUGCGCACCAUUGUCCCGCUGCUGCCCGAGGAGGACGAGCUAUGCGUCGUCAACAUCAAGAGGAAGCUGGUGCACAAGCGGGCCUUCGCACGCAGCUUUGUGCGCAAGGACAAGAUUAUACAGUGGGGGCGCUUCCUGGAGAAGUCAACACUGUAUCGCGAGCACGGAGCCAAGUUCGAGGAGUCCCGCUUGGACGAGCUGCCCGGCGACCAGGACAGUGAGCUGCGGAGCAACCAGGGCGGCGAGGUGUUCUACGGGGAGCCCGACGAGCCGGACGGCUACACCGACAUGCACGACCGGCUGGGGACCAUCCAGAGCACCCUGCUCAUGGAGGACCGCGCCGCCGUGCCCCCUGCCCCUGCGCCCGCCCCUGCGCUCGCCGAGCCAUCCACCAGCCGAGCCAAUGCCGAGACGGACGAGAUCGACCUGGCGCCGGGAGAGGACAAGAUACCCGUGAGCGUGGUGUGGGACCGGAAGGCCGAGGAGCUCUCGUUCCCCGGCAUCUACCUGGGCGAGCCGCGCACCUUCACUGGCCACGUGACGCGCUUCCAGGCCAUGCGGAGCGAGAUCCGUCGCGUGGACCGGCGGGGCGCCCGCCCCCAGAGCCUGCUGUACAAGUACAACCUUCACGCCAGGGAGCAGGCGGCGGGACGGCUGCGCCACAAGUUCAAGCGCGGUGCCAAGGAUGUUCUGGGCAAGGACAUCACCAAGGAGCAGCUCCUCAACCCUGCCUUUGUCAGCAGCUCCUUGAAGAAGGGACUCGCCAUGCCGUCCUUGCUGCCCAACUCGGCCGAGUACUGGCGCGGCCGCGGGCACGACCUGCUCGCCGCCAUCAGGCAGCUCGGCCGGCCGCACCUCUUCCUGACGCUGUCCUCGGCCGAGUACCACUCCCCCAUCCUCAUCAAGGUGCUGCAGCGGUUGCACCGGGAGCACGCAGAGAUGGACCGCUUCGCCACCGCGCCGCCCUCGGCCGUCGGAGCCGCAGCCAUGGAGGCCAUCGACGACGUGAUGCAGCAGGGAGACCUCGACGAGGGCAGAGUGUCGUCGGAGGAAAAGCUCCGUCUCAUUCGAGAGGAUCCCGUUGUGUGCGCGAGCUACUUCAGGGAGAUCGUGCUGCAGCUAAAGAAAUACUUGCGGAUGAAGAAAAAUGGACCCAUGGGACAGUACUUUGUGAAAGAUUGGUUCACCAGGAUCGAGUUCCAGCAGCGCGGCAGCCCACAUGCACACUGUCUCCUCUGGGUGAACGACGGACCGGACGAGCCCCUGAAGGACCUGCCUGCAACCAUCGCCUUCAUCGACGCCCUCAUCACGUGCGACAGCUCCCACCCGCUGGCCGAACGCAACAAGCACCACCAUACUUCCACCUGCUACAAGAACAAACACAUCCGGCAUCGUUUCGUCACUAAGCGGCUAACCGACCAGGAGAAACAUAGACACUGCAGAUUCGGGGCCCCCUACUUCCCGACGCCCACCACCAGGAUCGUGUUCCCGCUGCGCGCCGAGGAGGACGAGCGGAGGGAGGAGGACCGCGGGGACAUGGACUGGCCGACCUACAUCGAGUACCUGCGCGAGCUCCGCCUGAAGCUCAAGGACGUGCUGGCCGCCAAAGACUGCCCAGACACCCUGGCGGGCGUGUGGAAGGCCGCGCGCUGCCCGGACGACGCCACCUACGAGCUGGCCAUCCGCACGGGCGUGCGGCGGCCGCAGGUGCUCUACAAGAGGGCCGUGGUGGACAGGUGGACUAACCCGCACUUGGACUGGCAGCUGCAGGCGUUCCUGGCAAACGGCGACUUCCAGAUCAUCCUUGACGUCUACAGCCUGGCCAACUACUGCGUCGGCUACGUCACCAAGGCAGAGAAAAACCACUCACAGCUCCACAACGAAAUAAUUCGCCUGCGCCGUGACCACGGCUUCGACGACAGGACGCUGAUGAGGAUGCUGUGCUCGCGGACACUGCGCGCCAAGGAGACCUCGGCACAGGAGGCGGCGUGGGUGCUGAUGAAGUUCCCCCUGUGUGAGACCAGCCGGAAAUGCACCUUCAUCGACACCUCGCCGCCAGAGGAACGAGUGCACUGCCCGAAGCCAGCCAAGGACAUCCGUAACCUGCCGGAGGGCUCGACGGACCUGUGGUACCCGGACGUGUACGACGUCUACUCCAGGCGGCCAGCUGAGCUCGAGCAAGUGACACUGGCCCAGUUCGUCGCCCUGCACCACCAGUCCAAGGACCUCAAGGCACGCCGAUCUCACCGUAUUAUCAGGUACCGUCGGUACGCUGAGAAGUCGGAGGACGAGGCCGAGCGAGAGAACUUCUACCGCUCGAUGUGCACACUGCACCUGUCCUGGCGUGACGAGCAAACUGAAAUCCUGCAGGUGGGCCGGGAGAGCUCGUUCCAAAACUUGUACGCCACCAAUGAGGACACCAUCUUGGCCAGGAGAAAGGUGUUCGAAGCCGUCCUGGGCCUGGACACUACCCUGGCGGGCGAGCUGGAGGCCUGCAUCGCCGACGAGGAGGCCGAGGCGCUGGAGGCGGACUGCAACGCGCGCGGCAUGCUCGCCGGCAACAGUAAGCUGUUCUUCGACGAGGAGGCGGUGGCGGAGUUCAUGGACUGCGACGACGCGCAGAACGUCGACAUCGACCUGCCGGGGUCAUCGCGGCCGCAGCAGGCCGUGGUCCCGGCACAGGUGCGGCGCCGCGGUGUGUGGGACCGGCAGACCUUCCUGGACCAGAUACGGCGCCUCAACGACAAGCAGAGGGAGGUGGUGCUGGCCGUCAUCCACGACGUGCGCACGCAGGCCAAGCCCCGCCUCAUCUACAUUGACGGGGCGGCGGGCACUGGCAAGUCGGUGGUGGCGCGCAACCUGGCCAACGCCUUCGAGACCUUCUGCCCUGCCAACAGCAACGAGGACUCCAGCAGGGUGGUCAUCAGCGCCCCCACGGGCAAGGCGGCCUUCAACAUCGGCGGCGGCACCCUGCACCACAACUACCACCUGUCCUACAACCAGGAGGCCACAGCCACCCGACGCCUGCACGACGGCGCAGAUGUGAUGCUACCCCUGCAGGGGCAACAGCUCGGCAACCUGCAGAACGCAUUUGCCAACGUGCAGGCACAGAUCAUCGACGAGGUCAGCAUGAUGUCGGACCGCAACUUCCUCGCCGUUGAUCAGCGCUGCAAGGAGGCCAAGAGCAGCGAGGUGGACAUGGGCAACCUGUGGACCAUCAUUUUUGGUGACUUUCGUCAGCUUGUCCCCGUUGGUGGCGCCCCCGUCUACGCCAGCUCCACGGACAGCAUCGCCGGCAGUGCCCUUCUGUGGCAAAAGUUCGAGUACGUGGAGCUGACCCAGAACAUGCGCCAGGGGGAGGACAAGGUCUUCGCCGAGCUGCUAACACGGAUCGGUGACGCCGAGGGGCCACUCUCAGACGCUGACCGUGCGUUGAUAGAGUCUAGGUUUGUCGCCGAAAACAAUCUGACGGUGCCGCGCGGCUGCCCUAGACUCUAUCACUGUAAUGAAGACAAGGAUGCCUUCAACUUGCACGAGAUUCUAAAGUCCCCGAGCCACUGCAUCAUCCGGCUGUUCGCGCGAGACCGAGUGCAAGAGAACAAGAACUUGCAGGGGUUGUCGGUGUGCAGGAGGCGGAAGCUGCUGGAGAAGCACGACGACCUGCUGGAGCGGGCCAAGGUCCUGCCCACCACCAAGGCGAAGGGACUUCCCCACCUGCUCAUGGCUGUAGCGGGCCACUACUACAAGCUGACCGUCAACAUCAACGUGCCGGACGGCCUCUGCAACGGCUCCGUCGGCGUGCUGGAGUGGGUGCAGGUCGGCGUGCUGUGCCCCCAGUCCCGCACACCGGGCGUCACCACCACGGAGCUGGCCGUGCAAACCCUUUGGCUGCGCUUCCCCGGUGAGGUCGGCGCCGCAACGAGUCGCGCUGCCCAGCUCCAACUCCGAGCGGCCAUCGAGCGGCAGAAGAGCCUGCCGCAGGACCUGGUGGACGCGCUGCCCUUCCAGCUGCCGGCGUGCCCCGAGGAGGACAAGCUGGCCGGCCUGGUGCCCGUGGAGCGCGAAGACCGGCAUCUCAACCAGCUCCGGACCGAGCAGUGGCGCCACGUGUACCGCCAGCAGUUCCCCCUGGUGCCGUCGCUAGCCGAGACCAUCCACGCGUCUCAGGGGGGCUCCUACGACAAAGCCUGCGUGGAGUACUACGACCAAAUGCAAAAUAACAUGGUGUACGUCGGGCUGAGUCGGGUGCGGACGCUGGCAGGCCUCUUCAUCAACAAUACCAACGGGAAGAGGCUGCGGCGAGUCAAAAGUGGACGCGUGCAGCGCAGGCCAGCCCCCCGAGGCUCGUCCAGGCUGUUCAACCACCCCCGCGUGGACAAGAAGGACCAGCGCCUGGCCAAGGAGAAGCAGCGCCUGCGCAGCAAGCCCUUCGUGCCGCAGUGGGCGGCCCUGGUGCAGCGCCCAGCGACCGGCCUCCGCCUAGUGUACCACAACGUGCAGAGCCUCAUCGCCCACCAGCAAGACGUCGUCCUGGACAAGGCCUUCAUGCAGGCGGACGUCCUGCUGCUGGCCGAGACCUGGGUGCGUCCCGGACAGCCAAUGGACCUCGGGCACGGCCUGCACAUGGUGGCGCGUUGUGACGCUCCAGCCGGGCAGGGGAACGCCGCGGGGGGCGUGGCAGUGUACUCCAGGCUGCCGCUCUGCCAGGAGCGAGUCGUGGACACGCUGCCCUUGGUCGAGGCGGUGAGCGCGCGUCAAGGCGACGAGCUGCUGGUGGCCGUGCUCUACUGCCAUCCUGGAGCCAAGCAAGACCACAUCCUGGAGGCCUUCGGCGCCGUGCUCCCGUCCGACCCCGCCCAGACGACCGUCCUCGCUGCCGACUUCAACGUAGAUCUGCAGUCGGCAGCAGGGCGUCGGAUCUCUGAAGCACUGAAGGCAAGGGGGCUCACCAACAGCAACGACCUGAGCGAGCCCACGACCUACAACGGCACCACCAUCGACGGCGUCUACUCCAACGCGGCCUCAAUGAGUGUGGGCCGUUACCAGUCCUAUUUCAGCGUCCACAUUCCCCUCAUCAUUGACAUCGCGAGAGAUGGGGCCCUUCGUGUGUAAAUAUGUUAUUUAAGUGUAAAUAAAGAUUUGUAAAUAGCUGUUGCAGAUUGAGCCAGUCACGUAUGCAUAUGUUUUGAAGUGUAAAUAAAAAAAUGACGAUUUGUUUAAUUAACUCGCCUCCAUUAACUCCAACUCCCCAUUAAAAUAUUAUAAAAAGAAGAUAAUACUUGAAUUCGUAUCAUCUGCUUUCACGAUCCGUUCCUGGACGGAACUUUUUUUUCCUUGAGAGUACGACGUCAACUUUAAUUGUCAGAGCCCUUCAAACUUUCAAUUCCAUCUCCAGGAAAACCAGUUCUUAGCAGAUACGCCCAUUCUGUUCUCCACCAAAACAGAUAAGCCCAUUCUGUUCUGCACCAAAACAGAUACGUCCUUUCUCGCAGUCGCUAAAAAGAUACGCCCUUUCUGUUCCGACCCAAAACAUAUUCGCCCAUUCUGUCGGGAUACGUCGAACCGUAAAUCAGUAAAUUUGAUUGUAGGAUUUAAUUUUGACCACUGAUUGUUCCUUAUACUUCGUCUUUAUUCACGAUCCAUGAAAGGGUGAGUGAAUUCAUAUAUGUACACUAAAAAUAAUACUCAAUGACAACCGUAAAUCAGUAAAUUGGAAUGGAGGAUUUCAUUUUGACCUCUGAUUGUGAAUAAACCUAUUUUGAUUAAUUAUAAUUUUGUCAAUUAGAAGUAAUACUCAAAGAAAACCGUCAAAUUCUUUCUGGUUUGUGUUUGGUCACAAUUCAUAGAGGGGUGAAUUUAUUGAUGUAAACUAACAAGGGAAGGUUUUCAGGUGAUACAGUCAGAUUUCAAAGGCGCUUUAAAGAGAAGUUGUUUGCACCUCUAGAUAAGGAUUGGCCCUGGUUUUUGCUGCCCGCAGGGGGUUUGGAGGUCAUUUCACGCGAAUUUCAUCCCUCUUUUGCUAUCUUUGCAUGCACAUAUCUGCGGAACUCUUUGAGCUACAGCGCCCAGAUUUAGCAGAUAAUUAUCUUUCAGUUAGUACUUGCCAUCAAAUAUAUUUGAACCAAAUCAAUAGGGGUCACCAAAACGGGUCUAGGAUCGCAACCUCCUCUCGGGACCCGUUUUUGCGACUCUAAUCGAUUUCGUUCAAAUUUUCUACAUGUAAAUAAAGUGCUAAAUUAUGAUUUCCCUCGAAAUCUGGGCGAGGUAGCUCAAACGGUUCUUGAGAUAUGUGCAUGUAAAGUUGAUUAUCAGGCUAUAAAUUUGGCGAAUUUUUAAUUAAAUUCGCGUAAAACGACCUUCAAACUCCCUACGGCAGCUAAAACCGAUGCAAAACCUAAUCUAGAGAUCAAAACAACAACACUUUGAAGCGCCAUUGAAAUCUGACUGUAUCGCCGGAAAACCUUCCCUUGUAAGUAAAACCAAUGUUAUAAAAAUUCAAUUUAAUUUAUGUUUGUUCAUGAUUGAUAGAGUGGUGAAUUCGCUGAUGUCAAUUAAGAUUCAUCAUGCAUAGUGCAGAAAAUUUAAUGCAUUCUAAUCAAAAAUAAACAAGUGUAAAAUAAGUCUCACAUUUAUCGUAUGUUCUUGUUCCUGAUGAUCCUUUCCCAAAAUUAGGUUAUUGAAAUUCCUUAUAAUUUUUGUUUGUCUAAAUUCAUGGAUGCAAAUUAAAAUUCAGAAUGAAACACAAAAUGUAAUAAGAUUAAUCAAUGCUAGAUGCCGUUG